CAGCGCGGCAAAAUAUUGCGGAGCAUAGUUUUCCAUCGGGCCGGGCAGGUUUGUCGGUGCCAAUGUUAAGGGGCAUUACAUGACUUUGUGCCCGUGCUUCGCGGGGUAGUUAGCAGUUUUCUCCAUUCAUUUCGGCAGGUGGCAGAUUUGCUGAAACAUGGAGGCUCUCAUCCCCGUUAUAAACAAGCUUCAGGACGUCUUUAACACAGUGGGAGCCGAUAUCAUCCAGCUUCCGCAAAUUGCAGUUGUGGGAACGCAGAGCAGCGGGAAGAGCUCCGUAUUGGAGAGCCUGGUGGGGCGAGACCUGUUGCCACGGGGAACGGGCAUCGUAACGCGCCGGCCGCUAAUCCUGCAACUGGUGCACGUAGACCCGGAGGACCGCAGGAAGACAGGCGAAGAGAACGACCUCAACUCAUGGAAAAACGGGCGCUUUGACAAAGGAGUGGAGAGCGAAGAGUGGGGAAGAUUUCUGCACACCAAAAACAAGAUAUUCACCGACUUCGGCGAAAUCAGGCGAGAGAUCGAAAGUGAAACGGAAAGAAUAUCCGGCAAUAACAAGGGUAUCAGCGACGAGCCCAUUCACCUGAAAGUCUUCUCCCCUCAUGUGGUGAACCUCACGCUGGUGGACCUCCCGGGAAUCACGAAGGUUCCGGUGGGAGACCAGCCCAAAGACAUCGAGGUCCAGAUCAGAGAGCUCAUCCUGAAACACAUCAGCAACCCCAACUGCAUCAUCCUGGCCGUCACGGCCGCCAACACCGACAUGGCCACCUCUGAGGCGCUCAAGCUGGCCCGGGAAGUGGACCCCGACGGACGCCGGACCCUGGCCGUGGUCACCAAGCUGGACCUGAUGGACGCCGGGACGGACGCCAUGGACGUGCUGACGGGCAGGGUCGUCCCCGUCAAGCUGGGCCUCGUGGGCGUGGUCAACAGGAGCCAGUUGGACAUAAAUAAUAAGAAGUGUGUGGCCGACGCCAUUCGGGAUGAAUACGCCUUCCUGCAGAAGAAGUACCCCUCUCUCGCCAACAGAAACGGAACCAAAUAUCUCGCCCGGACGCUGAACAGGCUGCUGAUGCACCACAUCCGCGACUGCCUGCCGGAGCUGAAGACGCGCCUCAACGUGCUGGCGGCGCAGUACCAGUCGCUGCUCGCCGGCUACGGCCAGCCCGUGGGGGACAAGAGCGCCGCCCUGCUGCAGCUCGUCACCAAGUUCGCCGCCGAGUACUGCCACACCAUCGAGGGCACCGCCAAGUACAUCGAGACCGCCGAGCUGUGCGGCGGGGCCAGGAUCUGCUACAUAUUCCACGAGACGUUCGGGCGGACGCUAGAAUCGGUGGACCCGCUGGGCGGCCUCACCACCAUAGACGUUCUGACGGCGAUUCGGAAUGCCACGGGCCCCCGCCCGGCCCUGUUCGUGCCCGAGGUGUCCUUUGAGCUGCUGGUGAAGAGGCAGGUGAAGCGGCUGGAGGAGCCCAGUCUGCGCUGUGUGGAGCUGGUGCACGAGGAGAUGCAGAGGAUUAUACAGCACUGCAGCAACUACAGCACUCAGGAGCUGCUGCGGUUUCCGAAGCUCCACGACGCCAUCGCCGAGGUGGUGACCUCCCUCCUACGCAAGAGGCUGCCAGUGACCAACGAGAUGGUGCACAACCUGGUGGCCAUAGAGCUGGCCUACAUCAACACCAAGCACCCGGACUUCGCCGACGCCUGCGGCCUCAUGAACAGCAACAUAGAGGAGCAGAGGCGCAACCGGAUGAGGGAGUUGCCCGCGGCCGUCCCACGCGACAAGUCUCUAAAGGGUCCCGGUGGGCCGUCGGCGCCCCCUAGCGAAGGCCCAGCUCCCGCGGAGGCGGAGGGCGCCCAGGGCGGGGCCGGAGGGGGGCCGCAGGGGGACCCGGAGGCCGGCGCGGGGACCUGGAGGGGCAUGCUGAGGAAGGGGGAGGAGGGGCUUCCCGAGGAGCGGGGCAAAGCCACGCCCCCUCGUCCCUCCAGCCCGUGGGGGGGGCACGCCAUCAACCUGCUGGACGUGCCCAUUCCAUUCACCCGGAAGCUCUCCUCUCGGGAACAGCGUGACUGUGAGGUCAUCGAGAGGCUCAUUAAGUCCUACUUCCUCAUCGUCCGAAAAAACAUCCAGGACAGCGUGCCCAAGGCAGUGAUGCACUUCCUGGUGAACCAUGUGAAGGACAGCCUGCAGAGUGAGCUGGUGGGGCAGCUGUACAAAGCAGGCCUGCUGGACGACCUGCUGACCGAGUCAGAGGACAUGGCCCAGAGACGCAACGAGGCGGCGGACAUGCUGAAGGCCCUGCAGAAAGCCAGCCAGGUGAUCGCCGAGAUCAGAGAGACGCACCUGUGGUGAACCGCCCCGGCCCCGCCCCCCCCCCCUCCCCUCCUUCUCUCAAGGCACUGCACAUCCUACCAAGGCUCCGCCUCCUCCUGCCCAAGCCCCGCCCCCCCACCUUCCGAAGGCCCCGGAACCCCGUCCGAGAAGGCGGAGCGUCUCCGGCCCACUUGAAAUUGCACUGUCGUGAAUCGCGGCGCACCGAACGUUGUUUUAUUUCCUGUACAUAGGCUAAGAAACGAAGACUGUCGCACGUCGCACUUAGACCACGCCUCACGCCUCACGCCUCGCUCGCCAACGUCUUCCGUAAACGCGAUAGCGAAUUUUAAAAAACCUGCACGACUCGUCCGCUCGCUCGGGGGUGCGGGUGGCGCGAAAGCGCGCCGGCGAUUCCGUUCGGAGUCCCCCAGUUCCCCUCACGCUGGAGGAUCAGGGAAUAAAAGGAAACUGCGGGUUUUUGCAUAAUCAUAAAACGUUUACGCUUUUUAUUUCACGCGUCACCUCAUUUCACAACAGCCAAGUACUAUACACAGACACUCCAGCGCCAUGGAGCGGGGACGAAACAGCGAACGGAUAUGAGGACAGAGUGCAGACUGUCGAGUUUAAUUCGCAGGUAUUUACAUCCACGUCAGGCAGUAAGUGUAGGAAUUACAGCCCCUUUUUUAUACGCGGACCCUCCAUUUUGGAUCCGGGUUAAAAUCGGCCUAGUGCCCCCAUUUUGCCCUCGAGAGGAAGAUCGAGUGUCCCUGCUCCAAAGUGUCAUUUGGCAAAUGAUGCCUUUUAUAAGAGGUACUGACGGGUGGAAACAGUUGGGGUAAUAUUUUUCGAGAGCACAGACAGUCCCCGGUCACUGAUACUAAUGCGGAGUCAAUGUGCGUGGCUGCGGUCCAAACCUGCAUAGUUUUAACACGGACGCACAGCUCCAACCGAGCACCUUGAGUUUUAGUUUUUUUUUGACAGCUCCAUAAAUUACUGCAGCUAACUCCUAGUAGGCUACUUGAGCACAGUAGAAUCUUUAGGAUACGCUCGCGGUCUGCGGCCGCAGCUCGUGCUAAAACUCGUAGCUUCGUGUCAGAUCGAGAUGUGACUGAGCUAAAUUAAAUAAUCAAGGGCAGAGGUUGGAGCAAAAUCCUGAAAUGGAUCGGCCUUUGCUGUGCACCCAUUUUAACAGUUUUAAGGGACAUUUCACGGAACUCAUUUUCAGCCGCUGAUGCAGAGAUGGGCUGUAACUAUAAACAGCACACACAGGCGGCCCAGGACAGAUUUCGGAAACCUCUGACUUAGAGCUGAACGUUUACACCGGUGGCCGGAAGCUCCUGACAAGGAGGGCGGAGUCCGUUUCGGGAUUUCAUCCCAACAUCUGCCCUUAAUUUGCCAAAUCGCUCAUGUCAUCUUUCAUGGAUGCUAAGCUUAUUGACUGGGUUCAACGGCCUUAAUUGAACAAGACAUUUGCUGUGUGCGAGAACAACUGAACUUAGGAGGGUGUGUACCCUCCUCGUGUUACCAGGGAAAUAAUUAUGUUGAAUUUCAGCCUUUAUCCUCUAGGUGUCACUGGAGGAGCUGAAAUUGCAGUAAUCGCGGGUCCGCUGCACAUUUUACUAUGCGAGGAAGCACGCGAACAUCCAUUAGCAUGACGUGGGCGGCUCCGUAUUUUUGACCCUCGGCAUUUUAUGUUUCCGCUGCGGGUUGUCAUUACUCUGAGGACGUUUAACUGGCAGCCAGUUUAAUCACCGAUAUGUUUUAUUAGCCUACUUUGUAUCAGCAAGGGCAACAAAACAGGUCGGACAAAGUGAAAAAAAAAAUGCUUGUCCCUUUUCCAUAGCAACAGAAGCCCCCAAGCCACCACAAGGUGGUGCGUGACCAUUUCUUUUUAUGAUACAGCAAAUUUAUAGCUUGCCAUUGUUGGUAUGUGGUUUAUAUUAUAGUAUUGUAAACAUAAUGACCGGGAAAAAUCCAAUGUAUGUGUUGGUGCUUUAUUGACAAAUGUAGGUAGAGACAGUAAAAAUGGCACAAAGUG